AUGGAAAAUGGAACCGCGACAACCAUCGAGUUGUCAGCGAUAUCGCUUGCAGCGAAAAUACCAGACUUCUGGCAGGACCAACCGCGGCUGUGGUUUCUGCAGGUAGAAGCGGUAUUAGCUCAGCAGAAAGCAGGGGACCAAUCAAACUAUAAUAUGGUUAUUGCUAAAUUGGGAAAGCAGGCGAUUCAGCAAGUUGCCGACAUUUUGGAGAAACCACCGGAGGAGAAUAAAUUUGCAACAUUAAAAGCCAGAUUAUUAAGUGUCUACGAGGAGACAGAGGCAAAACGAUUGCAACAGUUAAUGUCGGACAUGGAGCUUGGUGACCAGCGCCCAUCGCAGCUUAUGAGGAAGAUGAAGGACCUCGCAAGAGAUAAGAUUCCUGAUGAGACCUUGACAUAUUUUUGGCAAGGUCAUCUACCACCGUCGGUGAGGGCCGUUGUAGCGUCCGCAGAUUCAAAAAAGAUUGAGACUCUGGCAAGCAUAGCUGAUAAGUCGCUCACGCAACAACAGCCGCUCUUCAAGCCAGGAUUCUAA